AUGCAUAGUCGUAUGUCACGUUUACGACGCUCUCUUUCACGUGGAUCACUAUUUAAUGGCUUAUCAAAAUCACAAUUAUCACUGGUUGAUUUACCAACAUUACAUCAACAAUCUAUGCUAACAGGAAAGUUUUCUACGCCAGCGGCAUUUCCACAAUUGCGACAGCUUGUUCAUACAAAUAAUGAAAUAUUGCGAGAAAUUAUUUCAAUCUUUGAUGAAAGAGCUUCAUUGGAUUUUGCAUAUUCAAAAACGAUGCAAAAAUUAUCUGCAAGAUUGCAUAAAGUUUCAGCAAAAUCACCUGGGAUUAUUGAUCGUGCAUGGAAUUAUGUUGCUGAUCAAUUUGAUGCUCAAGCCAGUAUACAUAGUAAUCUUGGUUCAGCUAUAACCGAUGAUAUUGUACAACCACUUCGAGCCAUUUUUAAUUCUCAACAAAAGACAAUUCGUGCCACGGAACAGUUAGCAAAUCGUGAAAUGCGUUUUUUGACCUCCAAACGUGAUGAAUUAUCGAAAAUUAAACGUUUGUUGUACAGCUCCAAUCGUGAUCUUGAAAAGGUUGAACAGCUCAUUGAUAAUGAUCAUAUGUCAAAUAUCAAGUUAUCAGUAAGAAAACGAAAAUUAUUGGAACAAGUAACGAAACAGGAACAGGCAUAUAUUGAGGAAACGAUAGCAACUGAACGUCAACGACGUGUAACAGAUGGCGUACUCCGGAAAGGUGUUGAAUAUUUGGAAGUUGUUGAAAAACAACGUUUAGCACAUUGUCAAACAGCACUUGGACGAUUUCAACGAAAAAUUUCUCAAUUAGGACCAAAUUUAAAUAUGAUGUUUGAACGUUGUAUGAAUGCGUUAAAUGAUGCUAUAAAUGCUGAACCAAACGAUCAAAUUUCAAUGUUAACGCCAGCUUCUUCAACAAUUCAUACAAUCUAUUUAUGUGAUUUUCAUGCGGAAAAUUUUGCUGAAAUAAUAGGUGGACAACGGCGACGUUGGACAUUAGAAAGAAUUAAUGCGGUACUUAAUGAAUAUUUAAAGCGUAGUCAAGUGGUGGAAACAAAUUCAAUCUUACUAUCAUCGGCUAAUAUUUCAAAUUUUAGUUAUGUCGAAUUUUUGGAAUAUUUAAUUUAUAAAAUAAACGAAGCAUUGAAAAGUAUCGAUGGCGCACAAAAUAGAGAAUAUCAUCGAUUAGCGCGUUUUCAACAAAAACUUAAAGAUAAAAUGGGUUUGGUACAGACAGUAUUGACAAUACCGUUGGAUGAAUUUGAAAAUGGUGAAAAACCAUCUGCGCCAAGUUUACCAACAACAUCAAGUUUAGAAGAUGAAAUUGAACCAAUUGUUAGUGAUACACGUGAACCAUUAGAACAAUAUGCUGCACCACGUUCAAUAAUAUACGAUGAAUUACAACAUAUGCAAAAUACAUCAUCAUCAACGUGUACCAGUAAUAGUGAAACAAUUAAACGAAUCUAUCGUGUCCUCUAUGAUUUUACAGCUAAAACACAUGAUGAAUUAGAUGUUCACGCAGGUGAUUGCGUUUUAGUGGAAGGUAAAAUUGGUAAUGAUUGGAUGAUUGGACAAAUUAUUUCUAAUAAUCAAAUGAUUGAUAUAAAUGAUACUGUAAAAUCGAAAAUAAAUAAAAUUGGACGAUUUCCAGCAUCAUAUGUAGCUUCUGCUAAUAAUAAUUGA